AUGCAUCUUGCAUCGCACCGAGAAAUCCUUGGGAUUUGGGAACAGACGCACAGUGGAUUUCCGUGGAUAUUGCUUGGUGAAUAUCGACUGGAUAAAAGAGCGAUUAAAGUAAAAUCGCCAACGAAAGGCAGAAAUUUGUCACCGAACACUGUUCGCCGAUUAAAAAAUCUCGGGGCUUUACUAGACGCGAGAUGUUAUUCAAGUAUUGCAUUUCAGGCUUUUGCUUGGAGAAGUACCAUAGGCGGAGGAGAAGGUCGUAGAGUUGCAGGUCAUGGGGGUCCCCCAUCAGAGACAAAAUGCGUAGUUUGUCAACAUUUUCCAUUCUCUGCGGUGCCUAUAAAUAGUUCACUUAGCCGUAAUAUGCAAAAAUUCUUCAAGUCACCGGCUGAUUUGCUCGAUAAAACAUGGCGCAAAGUGAAUAAUGUAAUUGCUUUUCAGCGAAUCCAUGCUGACAUUAUGCAAACUAAAUUCAAUGAAACUAAGAAUUUUUCUCAAAAAAUUUAUCAGAAAUGCAAGGAUAUCUCUGCCGACAAUUUGUCUUUGAAAAGCAAAAUUGAUGCGAUGAACAUUUCUUUAAAGUACCACAGUGAAGCUUUAUCUAAGAUUCAGUCAGCUUGCUCAGUAUUCAGUCAGCAGAUUCAACUUUUGAAAGAGGAAGAAGCAGCGAAAGGUCAGUCCAUUAUCGACUGCAAUGACAAUACAACUGGAAGUACUUUGUUCAGUUCGUUUGCUUCUUAUGGUGCUCCUCAAACGUCAAUGAAAAAAUCAGCGUCUAGUGUGUUCGACAUGAAUAAUUUCAGUUCUUCAAAUCGAUCAUCAGUUAAUAAAACAGCUUCUGACAAACAUUCACAAGGAUGUCAAAAAAGGAAACCUAAUGUGUAUAUUGAAUUUUUAAAAAAAACUCAACGUCAUCCAGUAGUACGAACUGGAAUUAAAAAUACGAUACCCACUCAGUCAUCUUCAGCCGCGAUAUUUCCGAACCCCAAUGAUGUUGCAGCUGAGUUAUAUAAUGUAUCAGUUGGGGGUGCGACUUCCAUUAAUUAUUUUAACCAAAGAAAAUCAGCUCCACCAGUGGAGAAUUCAUCAAAAAUGCACCUACCCAGCAAAGACUCAUCGAUAUGCCAAGAUUUUUUCUCGUUCACAAAUGAUCCUUCUUUCGAUAUUUAUUGA